CAUUAGGGACACAGGAACUGCAAAGAGCCAAUGACCAGGAAGCCAUCAGAGAUCUAGAAUGUAGCCAUGUGCCAGUGACUAAAGCGAUGUUGAGGUGCCCGGCUGUAGAAGUAUGGACCAAGUGAACUUUGUGUACAUGAGAGGGAGUGUUCCUUUAGGUGGAGUGGAUGACUACAGUUUAUCUUCUUGCCAAGGAUGCCAAAUGAAAGUUUCUGUAAGAAGUCCGAUCCCCGUCUGCUGGCAAAGUUCUUUUAUAUUGAUGAGGAAGUGAGCACCAUUGUACAUGAGUUACAAUGCCUCAAUGUGCGAAAGGAUCCUCAGAACUAUUUGGUCCUGCUCAGCCAGUUACACAACAGCCAGGAGCGCAUGCUUGCAAUACUGGAGCAGAUUCUGGAGCAGUGUGUACCAACAAAAAGGAGGCAGAGAGACUACCAUCUGAAGUUUCCUGAUGACAUUGUGAAUAAUACUAUGACAACUCAUCUCCUCUUUGCUGCUGAGCUCUUGGUAGGAGGCACAUACGUUGAAGUGGAAGAAGCAGAUGGAAUUUUACUUCGACCACUGGCCCAAGAGCUGCUUCGAAGUCUGGAAUGUCUAAGAAGAGUUCUUAGGGAACAAAGCCUUGAAGAUCCUGGGAUAUAUCCAGAAUCGACCCACAAGCCUAUGUUACAGUAUGACAACCUGUGUGCUGAGUUUGAGCUGAGGUAUAUGUCAUUAGUGGUCAGCGUAAAGUCUCCUGAAGAAAUCUAUGAGCAGCAGGAAGUAGCUGUACUCUUCUGUGAGACUGUUUCAAGAGCGCUCCAGAGAGGAUAUCUCACCCAGGAAAUGAUAGAUGACUGUGAACCAGAGUUGAUGAUUUCCAUUCCACGCUUGGCAAUUAUCAGUGGGCUUCUGCUAUUUCCGGAUGGACCACUAAACUUGGAGAAACAGCCAGAAGAGAUGUGUGAACUUUUCAGUCCAUUUUAUGGCUUGCUGAAGAAAAUAAGGGAACUGCUCUGCAUAUUGACUGAAAAUGAACUAUUGUCCCUGGAGAGAGCACUGUGCUCUUCCUCUGAAGAUCCUACCACGCGCCUGUCAUCAUGUCUGCCAACUUCAAGUGAUACAAGUUCUUCAGACGACAGUCACCAAUCUGUGAAUACCCAGCUCUCCUCUGCUAGUGAACAAAAUACACCUUGGACACAUUUCUCACACAGUACGGUAUCUGGUGCAUACUUUCCAUGUGGUCAGCAAAGUAGUGUGGCAGUAGACUCGGAAUACAUGAGAAGCCAAGAUGUGAAACUGAUGAAUCCUACAAGACGACCUGCAGAGAUUCUCCGCAGUGUACAUAUCCGAUGUUCUAUUAGGGGAUCCAAACUCGGUGAAGUGCGCUCCCGGUACCGCAGUGACAGUGAUAUGCUACAUCGCCUUUUUGUGUGCAUUGCUGGUGUUGCUGACCAACUACAGACUAACUUUGCAAGUGACCUACGUGUUAUUCUGAAAACAGUGUUUGAAACAGUGAGCUCUAGGCAGCAAGUGGACACACAAAGUGAGACAGGAACACCUGAAAAUGCAUUUCAUUUACCAGAUUGUUCUGCUUGCCAAAGAGAGCGGAAAGUUGUGGAAGCACCAGUUGAACCUCCAGAAUGGGUUCCAGACAGUGCCAGUACUCUGUGCAUGAGCUGCUAUGCACCCUUCACCCUAUUGCGAAGACGACAUCACUGUCGGAGUUGUGGAAAGAUUUUCUGCUCCCGCUGCUCAGGUUAUACAACAUCACUUCCUCAUGUUUACGGUACUCAACCUGUCCGUGUAUGUUCUCAUUGUUAUCACGUGCAUGGCAGUCCUCACAAUCGGCAGAGAAAGGAGGUCGAGAUUACCACUUAGCUGGACACUUGUAUUGGCACCUGGGAAAAAAGUGGUUUGAAAACUACAUUUCACGCGCCCCUUGUAACAGUGCUGAUAUGGACUGGUUUAUAUGGGUAUAUAUUUUUAGGCAGUCUUGUAUGUGUUUACAUUAAAGUGUAAGCAGUGGGCCUGUUUUAUAGAGCACAUCAUUUUUUUUUUUACAGGGUAUCUAAUUUAUAAAUUAGAUUUUAGUACAUAUUUGAGCCCAAUUGAAAUGCCAACUUUUAAGAUUUUGAUACCUUUUGACUGUUUUUAUAGUGUUUGUUUGUAUAUUUUUAUACUGUGGCUCUUUACCUGAUUGUAUGUUGUUUCCCUAUGUGUAUAGUAUGUUUGGUGUAUAUACUCUUCUGCUAAUAUAUGCAAUAUACUUUUUGAUCUGUACGCUACAUUCGUAGUGUGGCCAAAUUCUGAGCUCUGAACUGAAGACUUCGCUAUGUACCAAGAGGAGCACAGUGCCAGCCUCUUUGCAGGAUUUGGUUGCACUUUAAAGUGAUACUUCAGCUCUCUGGUUUAUAAAAUUUGUGAUUUUUGAGUAUUUCAAACAUUACGAUAGCAUCUAAUUGUAAUGUAGGAUUAAACAUUAUCACUCAUGUAAACUACAUGCUGGAAAAUUAUAAAAAGCAAUAGUUUUGUAUGUGGAGUUCUUACAACUGGUUAUAUUUUGUAUAACUUUUUGUCUUUUUAAUCCUCCAAUUUUCUAUCACUCAGGGGCUGUAUUACAGAUGAGUAACUUAAGGGUGUGCAGGGCGCACCAUUUUACUGUUG